GAAGAGGCACCACACCGGGUCCUAACAAGUUUGUCUAGAAUUAUGUAGUGUACGUGGUUCUAGCUCUACACAUGGCCUCGCUGAAAUAUGUACAUCACAUUAGCUAGAAAUUAACGCCAACGCAAGAGUCCAAGGAGCAAGUGGGAGUGCAUUCAAUGGUUGUAUAUUCGGUUGCACCCACGUGUUUAUUUUUCAUCCACCUUGUUCCAUGCACAGCUGGCAUUAUCUUUAAUAUGCUCUAUCGGGUUGUGUUGUGGUGACAAAAAUGAGCAACGAAAUCCGGUUCUUCGAGCUAAACACUGGAGCUAAUAUCCCUUCACUAGGGCUGGGAACUUGGCUGGCUGAUCCUGGUGUUGUUGGUGAUGUUAUAGCUCAUGCCGUCGAGGUUUUUUCCUCCUAUACUAUAUUAUCCUUACACGUUGGUUAUCGCCAUAUUGAUUGUGCUCAAAUUUACGGCAAUCAGGAGGAGAUUGGUUUAGCAUUAAAGAAGUUAUUUGAAGAGGGUGUAGUCAAGCGAGAAGAUUUAUGGAUCACCUCUAAACUCUGGUUUUAUUUCAGUUCCAAAUUAAUUAUCUUCCUUCUUAAAGUUAAAGUGAUGAUGAUGGACAGGUGUACAGAUCAUGCUCCAGAAGAUGUACCAGAAGCUCUGGACAGAACAUUGAGAGACUUGCAACUUGAUUAUAUAGAUUUAUACCUUAUUCACUGGCCAAUUCGAAUGAAGAAGGGUUCAGUGGGCUUUAAGGCUGAAAACAUUGUGCCAUCAGACAUACCUAACACUUGGAAGGCAAUGGAAGCUUUGAAUAAAAGUGGCAAGGCUAGAGCUAUAGGUGUAAGCAAUUUCUCAACUAAGAAGUUGGGAGAAUUGCUUGAGUAUGCUCGUGUUACUCCUGCGGUUAACCAGUCAGAGUGUCAUCCUGCAUGGAGGCAGGACAAGUUGAAGGCCUUUUGCAAAUCUAAGGGUGUCCACUUCUCUGGAUAUUCACCUUUGGGUUCCCCUGCCUGGCUUGAAGGUGAUUUCCUUAACCAUCCAGUUAUAAAUAUGAUCGCAAAGAAAUUAGGAAAGACUCCAGCACAGGUAGCUCUUCGAUGGGGACUGCAAAUGGGCCAUAGUGUGCUUCCCAAGAGUUCUAAUCCAGCAAGGAUAAAGGAAAACUUUGAUAUUUUUGACUGGUCCAUUCCUGAGGACAUGCUUGAUAAAUUUUUUGAGAUUCAACAGGAAAGAUUACUCAAGGCUAGCUUCUUCCAUGAACCAAAUGGGGGUUACUUACCCGAAGACGAAUUGUGGGAUGGGGGUAUAUGAAAAGUCAGUUGAAUGAUUAAUUAAAUAAGUGGAUGGAAUAAAAGAAACGCAUCUUCUGUUUGCGGUGUUAGGCUAUAUGAAAAUACUCUUAUCUUUAGCUAUGUGCAUCCUUUGUCACUAUCAGUCUUUUAAGUUGCAACCCUUCAACUGAGAAAUUAAAAAUUUUCAUGUAUGUCUUUCCUUAAUUCUCAUUGAUAAAAAAAUCAGACCGCUUUAGUAGGUUUAUCGGCUUGGAUAACUCAAAAUUUGAAGAGUUACAACAAAUCAAUUUGAAGCGGUCUCUUAUAAA